AUGGCCGAAAACGAGGUGGACUUGGACUCUAUCAUAGACCGCCUGCUCGAGGUCCGCGGUAGCAGGCCCGGCAAGCAGGUGCAGCUGCUGGAAACUGAGAUCCGCUUCCUGUGCACCAAGGCGCGCGAAAUCUUCAUUUCACAGCCCAUUCUGCUCGAGCUUGAGGCGCCUAUCAAGAUUUGCGGAGAUAUCCACGGCCAGUACUACGACCUUUUGCGGCUGUUUGAGUAUGGCGGCUUUCCUCCAGAGGCCAACUAUCUCUUCCUAGGUGACUACGUCGACCGUGGCAAGCAGUCGCUCGAGACCAUAUGCCUACUUCUUGCGUACAAGAUCAAGUACCCCGAGAACUUCUUCGUCCUUCGCGGCAACCACGAGUGCGCCUCGAUCAACCGCAUCUACGGAUUCUACGACGAGUGCAAACGAAGAUACAACAUCAAGCUGUGGAAGACAUUUACCGACUGCUUCAACUGCCUGCCCAUCGCCGCUAUCAUCGACGAAAAGAUCUUCACCAUGCACGGCGGUCUGAGCCCGGAUCUGAACUCAAUGGAGCAAAUCAGGCGCGUUAUGCGACCGACCGAUAUUCCCGAUUGCGGUCUUCUCUGUGAUCUACUAUGGUCUGACCCAGAUAAGGAUAUUACUGGCUGGAGCGAGAAUGACAGAGGUGUGAGCUUUACAUUCGGACCCGAUGUAGUGUCUCGCUUCUUGCAAAAGCAUGACAUGGACCUCAUCUGCCGUGCGCAUCAAGUCGUCGAAGAUGGCUACGAGUUCUUUUCCAAGCGUCAACUCGUGACACUCUUCAGCGCACCCAAUUACUGUGGAGAAUUCGACAACGCAGGGGCCAUGAUGAGCGUGGAUGAAAGUCUACUGUGCUCUUUCCAGAUCCUGAAGCCUGCCGAGAAGAAACAAAAGUACGUCCCUAACCUUGGCAGCGGUAGACUAGCGUCUCCUCGCACCAAGAAAACCUAG